AUGGGUUAUGCCGGAAAUUCUGCGCCACAAGUCAUUAUUCCGACUGUAAUGGCAUCCAAAGGGAUGGGCUCCAAUUCAUCCUCAUCGCUUGCCGCAUUCUCUGCAUCAGCCUCAUCUGCGAAAUCGACAUUUGGGUCUAUCGACCAAGAUUUUCCUAUAGGAAAUGCAGCCACAGAACUCGCCAAAUCAAGAGAGUAUUCUCUACUUUAUCCCAUAAGGCAUGGCCAAAUAUGCGAUUGGGAUUUGAUGGAGAGGUUCUGGCAGUCUUCCAUUUUUGAUUGUUUGAAAUGCGAGCCGGAAGAUCAUCUUUUUUUAUUGACUGAACCUCCUCUCAAUCCACCUGAAAAUAGGGCGAUGACUGCGGAGAUCGCAUUUGAAAGCUUCAAUGUCGCAGGUCUUCACAUUGCCGUUCAGGCCGUUUUGGCGUUGGCAGCCUCUUGGGCUGCGUCGCCUAUUCAAGAUUCAUCAGCUAAGCCCUCACUUACGGGGACGGUUGUUGAUUCUGGAGAUGGCGUUACGCACGUCAUUCCAGUGAUCGAUGGCUUUGUCAUAAGCUCUGCCAUUCAGAGCAUUCCAAUUGCUGGUCGAGAAAUAACAUUUUACAUUCAGUCCCUUUUAAGGGAACGAGGAGCUUUCCACCCAAGCAUCAGCUCAAAUACCUUUGAUAUUUCUCGAGGAAUUAAAGAGCAUUUUUGCUACACGUGUUCAGAUCCAAAAAAAGAGGCGCUCAAGUUUUCUGAAGAUCCCUCCAAGAUCGUGAAGGACUUUGUGCUGCCUGAUGGCAAGGUUUUGCGUCUUUUUCCCUAA